UCGGAAAGCGGCUGGAUACAAAAGGGCCCGGCUUCCUUGUUGAUGUUUAGUUUUGAAUCAACGCUUGGAUCGUUCGUGAAAGAAGUGUAUUUAAUAUCAAUUGUGACAAUAUUUCUUUUUGUGACUAAAAAAUCGUAGAAACAUGACGUCUACUCUUUUAAGGAUGGGACUACGUUCUGUUCUCUCAAAAGGUGUUUUUGAGAAAAGAUCCAUUUCUUCAUUUGGAAACGCCCUCAUAGAAACAGAACAGCGUCAUGUACAAGAACAAAAGAUCCAGUUUACUGUGGCAAAACGUUAUAUGAGCAGCAAACGAAGUGUCCACAAUGCAAGAGCCACAGCAAUUGUGGAUGAAGAAGGAGAAAGUGAUAGCGACGUCGAAUCAGACAGGGCCGAAUCUCAAUUCUGGCGACGCAAAAUGCGAACACUCCACAGUCACUUGGAUGUGAACAAAGAUGGCGUUAUUAGUUACGAUGACUUUAUGCUCCUGGGAGAGAGGUUCGCGAAUCUGGGACACUUGACGGCGAAAGAACAGGAAGAAUUUCAACAAGUUCUUAAUGAUAUGUGGGAAGAACAGUGGGGCGACAUAAGUCCUUACAACAUGAUUGGCGUUGAGCAGUAUCUUGAAAAAAUGAUUCACGUUCUCGAGGACCCAGCAUUGAAGCGAAAGUGCCACAACUUCCUCCCCUAUCUUUUCAAAGCUGUUGACAGAGAUAACAGUGGAGAAAUUACUGUACAGGAGUUCCAAUUAUUUUUCGAAUGUUUGGGACUCACACAUGAUCACUCUGUGAUCGCUUUUAGUCACAUUGACCAAAAUGACGAUGGGAAAAUCAGUCUCAAAGAGUUUGUAAAACUUGGACGUGAAUUCUUCGUUUCUCAUGACCAAACGAAGCCAAGCAAACAUUUCUGGGGACCACUAAUCGACUGAUAAAAACAAAUCACCCAUCAUACAAAAAACUUGUGAUAUUUACGUUUACUGAUAUUUUUACUACGCCUGACUUUGCGAUACAGUUCAUUAUACUUAAGUUAGUUUAUAAGCUACUUGUAUAAUAUGUUUUUAUACAGAA